AUGACAACCUGCGCAACAUGCACCCGACCCCUGACAUUUCCACCUACCAUCCACUACCUCCUCACCACUUACCCAACCAUCACGCCCCUAUACUCCAUCCACCGAUCACUCCGACGCUGCCAACACUGCGACCUAGUCUUAACUUACAAGCAAGCCAUCGAAGCCGAACUGCCGCCCCCCAGCUACACGAAUCCGGUCAAGGAAAUCGAGAGGAGUAUUGAGUUAGCGCAGGAGUUGAUCUUGGAAGGUGUGCAAGCGGAGGCUUUGCAGAAUACGUUGCCGAGGAUGAGGGAGAGGCUAGCGCAGAAGACCAAGGAGAGAGAUGAGGAGGUGAGGAGGGCCUGGGAGUGGUUUUGGGGGAUUUGGGGAAAGGUGGAAUAG